AUUUGCCGAACGAUGUCUAUUUCCGAACAAUAUAUAUGCGGUCGUAAAAAUAACAGUAAGGUUGCGUUUUUUAAAGUUUUUUGGCGCGAAAUAUUUGAACGUAAUUGUUUGCUUCCGGUUGUUUACAAUUCCAAGGUCGUCCUGUCAUCUUUAAAAGCGAAAGAUAUCAUCGAGGUAAGUCCUAUAAAUUUUGUCAUAUAUUUAGCCGUACAUGCUAAGGAGACUGCUGACGUAGAUAAGCGAUGCAAGUUUUGUAUUUUGUGUUUAAAUGUAAACAUGUAUGAAAGUAUGUAGAUGUACCCCUUCCCCACCCAUCUAAAUUAGAAUGUUCUAGAAUAGACAGACGUAGAUCUUGCCACGUGGUUGUUCGGAAUUAUCCUCUCACUUUUUAACCGAGGGUCUAAUUCCGAACAAAUAAGAAAACACAAACAUCAAAAAAAGGCUAGAGGACUAAUUUGUAUUUAAUAGUUUAAGUAAAUUAUAAAUAAAUAAAUCUAAAUAAAUAAAUAAAUAAAUAGAUAAAUUAAUAAAUAAUUAAUCAAUAAAUAAAUUAAACAAUCAAAAAAGUUGGUUAAUGAAUGAAAAAAUAAUUCAUUAAUAAAUUAACUCAUUCAUUCAUAUCUCACAGGUAACAUGAGCCGUUCUAUCGGUGCAAAGUCGUAUACCCCGGAUGUGCUGGCAGAGGCUGCCAAGCUUGUUCAGGGUGGGAGCCUUACGUUAAGUUGUGCGGCCAAGUCGUACGGGAUACCGAAAACGACUCUGCAUGAUAAAAUCAAGGGAAGAUACGCAACAAACAAAACAGGUCCCCGCACUGUCCUCUCGCCGGCUGAGGAGACCCGCCUGGCAGAAUGGGCAGUCAGCAUGUCCAGGAUCGGCUAUGGAAGGACGAGGCAGGAACUGUUGACCACGGUAAAGAAGAUCCUUGAUGACGAUGGUCGUAAGACGCCCUUUAAAGACAAUCGACCCGGCAAAGAUUGGUACAGGGGCUUCGUCAAGCGUCACCCUGAGCUGACGGAAAGAGCGCCCAUGCAGCUCGGAAAAGAAAGAGCAGUGAUAACGCCAUCAAAAAUCUCAAAUUGGUUCUCAGAGUUAGAGUUAUUUGUAAACAAUGAGUUGAAUGACACAUGCCUAUUGUCUGAUCCGUCUCGUUUGUAUAAUGCUGACGAGUCCGGGUUUCCACUAUGUCCUAAAAGUGGACGAAUCAUUGCCAUGAAAGGGGCAAAAAAUGUUUAUAACUGCACAAGUAGUAAUAAAACUCAAAUAACUGUGUUGGCCUGUGUUAGUGCUAUUGGACACUACAUAAAGCCAAUGAUUGUAUAUCCUGGCGAGCGUGUGAGGGCUGAUAUUCUUGAAGGUUUUCAGGAGGCUGCAAUAGGUCGUUCUCCGAAUGGGUGGAUGGAGUCUGAAUUAUUUUUGACCUGGAUAACGGACGUGUUUAUACCCGACUUAGACGAGCGUCAAGUCAAACGUCCAAUCUUACUAUUGGUUGACGGCCACUCAACACAUGUGUCUUUAGAGGUGUCGGAUGUCUGUAAGGCAAAUGGCAUUCACGUGUUUUGUCUACUUGAGCACGCCUCACACUUGAUACAGCCGCUUGAUCUUCGGGUUUUCGGGGUAUUAAAAGAAAACUGGAGUCAGGCUGUGAGAGAUUUUCAAAUUGAGAAUAUCCCGAAUACAGUUACGAAGAGGACUUUUGCUCAAGUAUUUAAGGGCGCCUGGGAACGGUCAGCCACCACUGAGAACGCAAUAUUGGCAUUUAAGUAUGCUGGCCUUUUCCCUUUAAAUAGAGACAUUGUUCUGAAAACAGCAAAAAUGGAACCAUCGACAAUCUACAGCUCAAAGCUUAACGCACCAAAAGCUACACCUGCUGGGGUUCAAAUGAAUGUGCAGCCUGACUUACUUCCAGAUGUACAGCUGGACGUGCAGCAAGCUGUACAACAAGAAGGGCAGCAAACUGUACAGUCGGACGUGCAGCAAGCUGUACAACCGGAAGUGCAGAAAACUCUACAGUCAGACGUGCAGCAAGCUGUACAACCGGAAGUGCAACAAACUGUACAGUCUGACAUGCAGCAAGCUGUACAACCGGAAGUGCAGGAAACUGUACCGUCAGGCGUGCAGCAAGCUGUACAACCGGAAGUGCAGCAAACUGUACAGUCGGACGUGCAGCAAGCUGUACAACCGGAAGUACAGCAAACUGUACAGUCGGACGUGCAGCAAGCUGUACAACCGGAAGUGCAGCAAACUGUACAGUCGGACGUGCAGCAAGCUGUACAACCGGACGUGCAGAAAGCUGUUCAACCGGAAAUACAGCAAACUGUACAGUCGGACGUGCAGCAAGCUGUACAACCAGUAGUGAAGCAAGUUGCACUACCGGAAGUGCAGCAAGUUGCACUGCCGGAUGUGAGUCAAGCUGUACAGCCCGACGAACAGAUAGAUCUACAGUUUGUCGCGAACCCACAGACAUCCUUGCAGCAAUCGCCAUUUUCGAAACACCUAGCAAUGCCAAAACCCAGAACUGAAAAGAAAACGAUUAAAAAAAUUAAGUUGCCGAAGGCAGUUACUGGUGAGGCAUUUAGAAAGAUAAUGUUAGAAAAAAAAGCACUUAAAGAGCAAAAUGAACGCGAAAAGCAAGAAAGAAAACUAGAACGUGAACGAAAACGCAAAGAGAAAGAUGAGGAAAAACAAAGGAAACAAAAAGAAAGGGAGGAAAAAAAGCGGCAAAGAGAAAUUGAGAAAGCAGAAAAACUAAAAACAAAGGCACUAGCAGAAAAAGUAAAUCAACAUUUAGCAAAACGAAAAAGAAAUGACGUAUCUAGCAGCUCCGAUUCGGGGUCUGAUUUUCAACCGAAUGACGACUCGGAAUACGAAUGUGACAUUGACAGAAUGAAAUGUUUCAAGUGCGGUGAACUUUACAAUGACGAUAACCCGCUGGUAUGGAUCUCGUGUGACAACUGCCCUCGUUUAUUCCACAGGAAAUGCACAGACAUUGAUUUCAGUGGAAUGGACGAGGAAGACAUCGCAAGUUUCCCAUUUGAGUGUCUGUACUGCUGAAAAAUAGUUGCACGAGAUCGAAAACAGUGAACUUGAUAGAUACAUAUCGUCUCUGGUUGUGUUUGGUCACAUCCAUACUCCGAGUCAUCGUUUGUGUUUAAGACAAUUAAAUAUUGUUGUUAUAAUUAUGUUUAAAGAUAUUGAAUGAAUUAUCUUGUUUAAAUUGUUUAGAUUAAACGAAAUUAGAUAAAUUAGUUAUUUUUAAAAAGCCCGUCAUGUUCGGAAAUAGACACCGUUUGUGUUCGAGUGACCCGCACUGUUCGGAAAUGCACGCAGUCACAAGAGUUUUUCUGGCGCGAUUUUCCUACUUACUGUUUAUCAUGAGCAAAUGCCAUAUGUCUUGUUUGAAAGGUUAAAGGUCAGACAAUGUGUGCAUAAUAUUAUUAGUUCGGAAUUAGACAUCUGCUCCUUAUUAUAAGCAGCGAACCUUAGGUGUUCGGAAAUGCCCGACCCC